GCGCCUCCUCCCGGGCCGCGCUCCCCUCCCCGCACCCGGCUUCUCCGAGCCACUAACCCGCGGCUGCAGCGGCCGCCCGCGCCCCGGCAGCACCAUGACAGAUCAGGCCUUUGUGACACUGACCACAAACGAUGCCUACGCCAAGGGUGCCCUGGUCCUGGGCUCAUCCCUGAAACAGCACAGGACCUCCCGAAGGCUGGCCGUGCUCACCACCCCACAGGUCUCAGAUACCAUGAGAAAGGCUUUAGAGAUAGUCUUUGAUGAAGUCAUCACCGUGGACAUCUUGGACAGUGGCGACUCUGCGCAUCUCACCUUAAUGAAGAGGCCUGAGUUGGGUGUCACACUGACCAAACUGCACUGCUGGUCCCUUACCCAGUAUUCAAAAUGCGUGUUCAUGGAUGCAGAUACUCUGGUCCUGGCAAAUAUUGAUGAUCUUUUUGAGAGAGAAGAGCUGUCGGCUGCACCAGACCCAGGCUGGCCUGAUUGCUUCAACUCCGGGGUCUUUGUUUAUCAGCCUUCAGUGGAAACCUAUAAUCAGCUGUUGCACGUUGCUUCCGAGCAAGGCAGUUUUGAUGGUGGGGACCAGGGCUUACUGAACACAUUUUUUAACAGCUGGGCAACAACAGAUAUCAGAAAACACCUGCCAUUUAUUUAUAACCUAAGCAGCAUUUCUAUAUACUCCUACCUCCCAGCAUUCAAAGUGUUUGGUGCAAAUGCCAAAGUUGUGCAUUUCCUGGGGCAAACCAAACCAUGGAACUAUACUUACGAUACCAAAACAAAAAGUGUCAAAAGUGAGGGCCAUGAUCCCACCAUGACUCAUCCACAGUUCCUCAACGUGUGGUGGGACAUCUUCACCACCAGUGUUGUACCUCUGCUUCAACAAUUUGGCCUUGUCCAAGACACCUGCUCAUACCAACAUGUGGAAGAUGUCUCAGGAGCCGUAUCACACUUGUCCCUUGGGGAGACCCCGGCCACCACACAACCAUUUGUGUCCUCAGAAGAACGGAAAGAGCGGUGGGAACAGGGCCAGGCUGAUUACAUGGGAGCAGAUUCCUUUGACAACAUCAAGAAGAAACUUGACACUUACCUCCAGUAGCACUGGACACACCCACUUCACAGGCACUUGUUUCUGAUACUUAGCAUCUAGAGCUGGGUUGAGAAAAGUCUGUUACAGCUGCUAGAGGCUUUCACUAAAACUCAUCAGAUGAAGGGUUUCUGUAGAGCGAGAACUGGGCAAAAGUUGUGAGGUAGCAGUUCUGUUGUAGGGACAGUGUUCUGCUUUUCAACACUAGACUUACUUAGCUGUUUCACGAACUUUCACUUGGGCAGAUUGCCAAUUAUACAUGGUAAAGGCAAUAUAUAUUGAUAUAAAUAUAUAUUGAUAUAUCAAACUAUUAAGAUGGCUGUAUCAAUUCUUUGGGGGAAAAGUAUAGAGCCAGGUUCCCGGUCAGUUUCCCUUCCAGGCAGCACGUGGCAUCCGGUCCCCUGCUUUCUUGCUUGCUUGCUUGCUUGCUUGCACCCUUCACUAGACCUGCAUUGUAGAAUUGCCCAGAGGCUGUCAGAGUAAAGACAGCCUAUAAUAACACUGCUGAGUGACUCAUAGCAACAAUGGCAUCAGCAGCUGGCGCGAACCCAUUUCACUGCCUAGCCUGUGUCUGAAGAUGUUCACCAGUGUUCUGUGUACAGUGAGGAGGCAGCAUGCUGAAAAGCUUCUGUUCAGUUCUGUAUAUUUGAAAAUAGUGUGUUCUCUGAUGGUUACCUGCAACGGCACCCUGUAUGAAAAAUAAAGACUCACUGCCAUAUCCUGAUUGUUUAAUUAGAUUAAGAACACACACACACACUCGGCAAAAAUCUAAUAGGAAAUGUAUGUAUGAAUUUUGUCAUAUUUCUAAACAGUAUAAAGCUGGACACUGGGAUAUAUGCUUGAACAUUAUCUGAAAGAUUUAAAUCUAAUGUUCUCCAGUGAUAAAUAUGGAUUUGACAGAAAGGAGAAAGUGAAAUCAAAUUAAUCUAUUACCCACACUCCAUUUCCUUAUUCAGUGGGAUUUCAGAUAUUUAUAAAUUCAUCAAAGGUUCAUUGUCAGUCUUGGAACAUACUCAAAAACCUUUCAGUGAAAGUACUAGACUUCUAGAACUUCUUUCUGUGAUUCAAAGUGAUAAAAUGAUAAAGUACUAUUAAAUUUACAGAUGAUUCUAGAUUGCAAGAGAUGGUAAACUGGAGCAGGGUAGGAUGCAAACUGUUGUUCUGAAACUAAAGUGAGUACUCAGAUAUUCUGUUAAAGGACUCAGGAGGAAAGACUACAAGUAGUUUUGCUUGGGCAUCUGCCAUGGCUUUUAUAACCCAGCCUUCAGUCACCCUUCGUAGUGUCUACAGUAAUAUUCUGCUGGUCAUCUCUAUUUAAUAUGGGUGUCAGUGAAUACAAAGGGAUACGGAGACUUGGAGACAAGACUGGCUGGAGGCUACGUUAAAGGCUGGCUGUCGGAGUUCAAGAAGAACCUGAAGACCUACCCAAAAUUAUGAAAUAUUAAAUAAGUGAUUUCUGAAGAUAAAAGUGAUUUGCACUGGUAGAGGAUGAGUUAGUGUGCCUUCAUGUAGGUGAAGCAUUUACCAAAGAUUUAAACACAUCCAUGUGUCAGCUGCUGUUGCACAAAGACCUCCCAAGAUUAUUUGAGCUAAUCAGAAACCUGGCUUCUGGAUCACUGGUUGAGAGGAACAGAAACCCAGUCUUUAAAGUACAUGACCUUACUUUUGUACCCAUGGAAUAUACAAUCCAAAUAAAGUAUAUUAGAAGAGAUAAGGUUCAAAGCUUUUUUU